AAGAGAACUUUCCGGUCUGGGGAAGGCAGCGGCUACAGCCGGUUCGUGCCGGGACCACGCCUGAGCUGCUUCGCUUCUUGAGUCAGGCUCUCACUGUGUAGCCUAGACUGGCCUAGAACUCAGGGGUGUCCGCCUGUCUGCUGGGACUGUGCCCAGGCUGUCCUGAAGGUUCAAUAGGCGUUCACUGGGUUAGAAGAGGAGCAUGAAGCUGGCACCCCGGAUGCACACCUGUCAUCCCUGCGCUGCUGAGGCAGGAGAAUGGAAAGUUCCAGACCAGGUGUGAAGGUCCUGAGGCCCCGGGCUGAUGGGAGGGUUUGAAGGCUCAAACGGAGGCAGGUGUGGCUGCCAUGGGAUUAGGAGACUUGGGUCAUGGACAAUAGGGGAAUUAAGUCGGGUGCCUCAGUUUCCCCAAGUGGCCUCACUUCUGCGGGUGCUCCUGGGAGCCCUGGGGAGCUUUGCUGCUGACCCAGUAAGGAGCUUGGGAUUCAAGGAUGGUUUGGGGUCCAGCUGGGAUGGCUUGUGCUGGAGCUCUGGCGCCUGCCCCAUGACACUGUGCCCCUGUGAGGAAACUGAGGCACACAGGAGUGCCUUGGCCACAGGGACAGAGCAAGUGCUGGGACCCAAGCAGCCCUGGUCCACACUGCUCUGCCCCUGACUGAUGGUCCGUCUGAGGCAGUGAGGUAGGACAGCACUACGAACCGGUCACAGCCUUCCAUCUCAACAUGAACUGUUGAUAUACAACUGGCCUUGUGUCUAUAUCCCAUCCCCCCGCCCAGCCAGGGCUCCAGGUGGGUGGUGCCCUUCAUGCUGCUAGGAAUGGAAUGGCUUCAACAAGGCAGCCAGCUCUCAGGUCCCUGCCCACAUGGCGCCCACACUCAGCUGCUGAAUGGGGCUUUGAAAGCCACAUAAGUGCAUCCUCAGCCCUGCCACUUUUCUGUCACCCACCCUCUGAAGCCUCAUGGACCCCUGUCUACUGGGAACCUCUCUCAGUAGGAAACGUGACUGCAGAUGCACGGGUUUUCUGGGAGGGCCAGAGAGGGGUCUUACACAGAGAGAGGACCUGAUGGGGGUGAUAUCCUGGUGGUCCCGGGCCACUUGGGACUGUCACCCUUACUUGGGGUCACUAAGCUGGAGAUGCUGGGAAGGCAGUGGGGAAGUGGUCUAGCGUGCUGCAGGCCUUGGGCAGGUGCGUUUUAUGUGGGGGUAUUUUUGGUGUUCUUGCUUUCUGAUAUGGUCUCAUUGUGUAGCUAAGACGGCCUGAAACUGGCAGCCCCCAUACCUCAUCCUCCUAAGGGUUUGGAGCUCAGGCUCACCCCACCACACCUGACAGGAAGAGGGUUGCUCCCGAAAUCCCUGAAGCAUGGCCCCUCCCUCACCUCACUGUGGGGUGGGCCAGACCACCCCACAGUUAAGGUUCUGGGGCCUUACAGAUGAGUCGGUCCCUGAGGUGCCUGUGUGUGUGAGGCUCAUAGGCACAGCUUCUGAGCCAGGGUGCAGGACCUCAGCAGUCUAAAACAGGACACCCAGAUGGCUGGCGGCGGGAGCCAUGCAGGGUUCCUCUACACUGUGACUCGUAACAGACAAAUAAGGACAUCAGUGGAUGCUCCGUAUGGCAUGCGCUGCUGUGGAGUAUUAUCCAGCACAGAAAAGACUGAGGCUUUAACACAACACUCACUGCUGAGUGACAGCAGCUGGACACGGAAGGCCCCAUGCCUGCUGAGGGAUGCCCAAGAAGUUCCAGGGCGAGAACAGCAAGUCGGCAGCUGCCCGAGCACGGAGGGCUGAAGCCAAGGCAGCGGCUGAUGCCAAGAAACAGAAGGAGCUGGAAGAUGCUUACUGGAAGGAUGAGGACAAACACGUGAUGCGGAAGGAACAGCGCAAGGAGGAGAAGGAGAAGCGACGCCUGGAGCAGCUGGAGCGCAAGAAGGAGACGCAGCGCCUGCUGGAGGAGGAGGACUCACGACUCAAGGGCGGCAAGGCCCCGCGUGUGGCACCUGCCAAGGUCACCCGCGCGCAGAUUGAGGACUCCCUGCGCCGAGAGCAGCGCCCGGAGCCAGUCGAGAAGGCCAAGAGCCACUUGGAGCUGCCGCUGGAGGAGAACCUGAACCGGCGCCUGCAGGAGGAGGGCAGCGUGGAGGCGCGCACUGUAGAAGACGCCAUAGCAGUGCUCAGUGUGGCAGAGGACGCGGACCGGCACCCGGAGCGCCGCAUGCGUGCGGCCUUCACUGCAUUCGAAGAGGUGCAGCUGCCACGGUUGAAGCAGGAGAACCCCAACAUGCGGCUGUCGCAGCUGAAGCAGCUGCUGAAGAAGGAGUGGUUGCGCUCCCCAGACAACCCCAUGAACCAGCGGGUUCUGCCAUUCAACGCACCCAAAUGACAGAACCGGCCGGAGUCCAGCUUAUCUGAGUCAGCUCAUCCCCCUCCAGCCAGGCCUGCCCAGGGGAUCCAUAGAGAUCCGGGCGUGGGGCCCUCCCGGCUGCGCCAUAGCUUACCCUCAACAACCCUGAGGGUCCCCGCUCUGAGCGACAUCCCAGCCCCUGUGUGCCCCGUGGAGCCCGGCUGAGCACCCGCCCAAUAAAGGCUGUGGCGAGGGUG